AUGAGCAGUAGAAAAAUUCAUCAUUUAGAUUCAUCUCCUCCAUUAUCAUUUUUAAUUAUUAAAGAUAAUAAUAAAAAUACAGAAAAUACCAAUAAACCAAUAGUACAAAAUGCUGGUAGAUUUAAAAAAGUUCAAAUAACAAUAUUAAACGAAGAGAAUGAAAAUAAUAGUAGCGAUAAUAAUAAUAAUAUAGAAAUAUGUAAUAAUAAUGAUAUAAAUAAUAUUAAAGAGGGAUUAAACAAAUCAGAAGAGGACAAUGAAAAUGAUAAACUUUGUAAAAUAUGUAAUAAACAGUUUUCAUUAUAUACCUGUCCAAGAUGUAAUAUAAAUUAUUGUUCAUUGGUAUGUUUCAAAUCACAUAAUAGUAGAUGCAGCACAGAGUUUUUUGAAGGGCAAUUAAAGGAUAAUUUAAAGAAUAUAGAAAGAGUCUCACCAAAAGAGUCAUUGACAUUCUUGAAAAGAAUGAAAGAGAUAUACGACGUUGAAGAUUCAAAAUUUGAAGAAUUAUUAUCAAAAUAUAAUUUACCAAAAGAUGUAACAUUAAAUCAAUUAGAUGAAUAUGAAGAUUAUGAAGACGAGGAAGACGAAGAGGAUGAUGGUAUAGAUUUAGAAAAUUUAAAUUUAGAUGAAAUGACAGAGGAGGAAUUAUUGGCAUUGUUAACUAAGGAUGAGCUUGAGGAGUUUAAUAAAUCAAUUAAAGAUGGAACAAUAUCAAAUUUAAUCGAUGAAUGGGUACCUUGGUGGAACAUUAAUGUUAAAGAAAUAGAAAAUAACAAUGGGUCAUGUAAAAUCAAAGAAAUAGAGGACGAUAAAGAUGAAAGUAUUAGGGAAGAAGAUAACGAAAAGGAAUCAAACGAAAUUAAAUUAUUAUUAUCAAGAAUACCAAUAAUCUAUAAGGAUAUUCAACCUUUAUCUAAAUUAAUCAGUAAUAAGCCAUCAAAAUCAUUAUACUUCCAUUUAAUAGAUAUUUUAUAUUGUUAUUGUUUUCUAACGAGAACAUUCAACGGGGAGUGGGGUUUAGAGGAUAACGGUAUCAAUAAUAAUAAUAAUAGUAAUAAUAAUAUAGAUGAGAAUAAUGAUACACUUUUGGAAGGUUGUAAAUUAAUUUUAGAUUUAUCAACAGUUUUAAAAUCAGCACCAUCAAAUAAAGAACAUUUAGCAUUGUAUCAAGCACAUUUAUCAUCAUUAAAUUCAGUGGAGGGUGUUAUAAAGAAUUUGUUAAAGUCAAGCCAUAGUAGUCAAAUCGAAAAUAAUAAAAACCAAGGGAAUAUUUACUUUUCUUUAUUUUUAUUAGAGGAUCUUAUUUCAAUAUUAAAUAAUCAAAGUUUUAUAUUAUCAUCCAUUUCACAUUUAUUCAGGUCAUUCAAAAGUUCAAUUGCUAUUUUAAAAUCAAAUUAUAACAAUAAAAUAAAAGAAACACCACAGAAGCAAGAUGAAUUUAAAAAAGAGUACCAACUAUUAUCAAAUUGCUUUGAAAAUAUUAGUAAGAAGUUAUUGUUUUUCUUGUCAUGGGUUAGCAGCGAAGAUGAAGAUUCAUUUAAAUUAUUAUCAGCUCAAGUUUAUAAAUAUUUUAACUCUGAAAAAUCGAUAUUAUUAAAAAAUAAAAAGUAA